AUGGAAGAUAGAGAGGAAGGCAUCGAUUACGAAUACGAGCAAAUUCAAAGCACCUAUAUGGGGCAUUCCAAGGGGUCUAUGUACAGUAGGUUUGUACCAAACAUACAUCCAUAUUACUUCUUCAGGCCCGAUUUUUUGGAAGACACAAUUCAAAUCCACCGGGAAAAACAUGGACAUUUUGGAGAGCAAGGGAACCAGUUUUAUCAGCAAAUAGGGCCUCAUGAGCACUUUCCUUUUCAGGUUGAUCAAGAAAGAAUAAAGAAUAUCUGGAAAAAAGAAAGAAAUCGUAUUGCUGCCAAAAGAUGUAGAGAAAAAAGAAUAGCGCAUCUCAGAGAGCUUGAAAGAAGAGAACAUGCAAUGGUUUGCGAGAUAUCCGAGCUAAAGGAGGCGAUAUGUGAUUAUGACAAUGUUCUGGAAAUCUUCCUUCGGUACAUCCAAGGAUACUUGAGUAUGGAUGCAGAGAAGCACGAAGGCUUUGUCUUUCUAUUCGACCGUCUCUGCAACCUCAAAAAGACUGAUGCCCCAAGGCCUACUUAUUUCCGCGAUAUCAGCCAUUUGAUAUCCAAGAAAUUGAAUGUAACAAAUGAGAAGAUCGAUAAGAUAACAGAGGCAUUACGUGGGUGGCUUAAUAAGCUUUUCGAAAAAGAUUGA